GUCACACGGGCUGUCUCCAAAGGGACGCAGCGUUGAGUGUUCGAGCAGCCGGGCGGUCAGUGUGUGCGCAUCCCAGGACGCAACAUCAGUGUAGCUGGGGCUCAACUUUCAGCUGAUCGCUUCACUUCGGACGCUUUGGGAAACUUACAACUAUGGGUUGCUUUGAGUGCUGCAUCAAGUGUUUAGGCGGGGUGCCGUAUGCGUCGCUGGUGGCUACAAUCCUCUGCUUCUCUGGCGUUGCCCUGUUCUGUGGAUGUGGCCAUGUGGCUCUCACUGGCACAGUGACCAUCCUGGAAACCUACUUCUCCACGGUCACCGAGGAUCACGCCAUGCUGACUGAGGUAAUACAGCUGAUGCAGUAUGUCAUCUACGGCAUUGCUUCGUUUUUCUUCCUGUACGGGAUCAUUCUGCUGGCUGAGGGCUUCUACACGACCAGUGCAGUCAAGGAGCUGCACAGCGAGUUCAAGACCACCAUCUGUGGACGCUGCAUCAGUGGAAUGUUUGUGUUCCUCACGUACAUUCUUGGUGUGGCCUGGCUCGGCGUGUUCGGCUUCUCCGCUGUGCCAGUCUUCCUUUUCUACAACAUGUGGUCUACCUGUGCCGCCAUGAAGUCUCCCAUGGCCAACCUCACCAAUGACUCCAUCUGUGUGGAUGUUCGUCAGUACGGAAUUAUCCCAUGGAACGCCACACCAGGCAAGGCCUGUGGAAAUACGCUAGGUCAAAUCUGCAACACCAGUGAGUUCUACCUGUCUUAUCACCUGUACAUCGUAGCGUGCGCCGGCGCAGGAGCCACCGUGAUCGCUCUGAUCCACUUCCUCAUGAUUCUCUCAGCAAACUGGGCCUACCUUAAGGAUGCCAGUCAAAUGCAUGCCUACCAAGACAUCAAAAUGAAGGAAGAGCGGGAGCUGCAGGACAUCACCUCACGCUCAAAGGAAUGCCUCAAUUCCUACACAUAAGGAUAUUACACACUCACAAUACACACACAUAUAUACACACACACGUAAACACACACAGACACUGUGGCCAGCCACUGUGGCCCCUUUGGACCAAGACAACGCUCAGCUAAAAUAACCUGCCAACUGCCGUGACACUGUGCAGUACUAACCAGGCUCCUAACAAACUAAUGCAUCAGUGUUGCUUUCUGCACUAACUCACCAACAAGUGGUUUUGGAACUGCUAUUUAAAAUCUCAUUUAUGCUGUUUUUUUUUUCUUUUGAUUUUCUAUUUUUCCGAAGGAGGAAAAAAAAGCAGUUCUGAACUUUGACAUUCAUGUAGUGUUUGAUUUUCUCUCGCCCUUUUUUAUAGCCAGUUCUUGUCGCUGGCGAAGCUUGAGACAUUGCACUAUUCUUACACAACGCAUAACGAUGACAUGUUUGUUUUACAGUCUUGCUCUGUCUUUCUUUUGAGCUGUGGUGGCCAGUUUUCAACAAGUUAAUUUUAACAUUUUAUUUGUUCGUUCUCUGCAGAUUAAUUAUACACAACAUGAAAGGCCUUACUUUCAGAGUGUCACUUCUAGAUAGCAUGUCAGAAGAACAGUCAGAUUAUAUUGUGUUGACACAAGACUGUGGCAUGUCACGAAAUGUUUUGCUAUAACUUCACAGUAAGGAAAAGAUGAAAAAUAUAUAAUGUGGACCUGGUUGUUUUGUGAAAGUGGUGGUAUGUAACUGCAUCUUAAAGGGACAGUUCACCCCAAAAUCAAAACUACAUAUUUUUCCUUUUAUGUGUAGAAAAAUCUAGCAGUCGACAUUGUUUUGGUGUGAGUUGCAGAAUGUUGGAGAUAUCGGCCGUAGAGAUUUCCGCCUUCUCUCAAAUAUAAUGGAACUAGAUGGCACUCAGCUUGUGAUGCUCAGAGGACCAAAAAAAUACAUUUAAAAAACCCAGCAGCAAUGUCUCUUUCCAGAAGUCAUGACCUGGUGACUCAAGAUAAUCGACAGAUCUUGUUGUGAGCAGUUUCAUGUAGGAACUAUUUUCUUUCUAUUGAACUACACCCGCCAACUGUAUCACUGCGGAGAAGGAAGCAUGGAUCUACUCAUGAACAAGAGGCUUGUGUUUGAGACAGCAUGGGGUGUAAACAUUAGUAGUAACCUCCUCGGCUUCCCGUGUUGUGAGCAUGUAGUUUCAUGUUUCAUGUUUCAUGUAGGAACUAUUUUUUUUUAUUUUUUUUUACUAAACUUCACCCAACAACAGUAUCACUGUGCAGAAGGAAGUGUGCAUCUACUCAUGGAUGAGAGACUCAUGCUUGUGACAGCGUGAGAUGUAAACAUUAAUGGCUUCCUCCCCAGCUGAGCUGUAACAUUAGCUAGCUCAGUGGUGCUAGGUGAGCUAGCAGUAGAUGUGCCCUUCCUCCUGCGCAGUGAUACAGUUGCUAGGUGUGGUCUGGUGGAAAGAAAAUAGUUCCUACUUUAAACUGCUCACAACAAGGUCUGUGGAUUAUCUUGAGUAACCAGGUCAUGAUUUCUGAAAGGAGACAUUGCUGUUGAGUUUUCAAAUCUAUUUUUUUGGCGCUUUUGGCACCACAAGCUGAAUGCCAUGUAGUUCCAUUAUGUUCGAGGGGAGGCGGACAUCUGGAACAUUUGGCAACUCACACCAAAACAACGUAGACUGAUAAACAGCACUACAGGUAAGAAUUUGGGGUUAAUGGUCCCUUCAAUCUUAGUGAUUAUCUAAGGGUUAUAAAUUGGUUCUAGAUUAUAAUUUUCAUCGUACAGCUACUUAAAGGUCACUCAGAACAUUUAUGGCCUACAUUAACACUACCUCAGGUGUGCAUUACAGCCUAUGGAACAUUUAACUGGAACAAACAACACUUCUCCCUUCAUAAAUGACGGUUUGGAAAUCCCAUUAUAAUCAUAAAAAGAUGCCUCAGACACUCACAGUAUCUAUUAGGGUAAACCAAGCACACACACCAAGAGCUCACAGUAUAAUCAGAUUUCAGUUUUAUUGAAAAUGACGUAAGAAUAACUUGCUUGCUAAAUGUGAACUGCUGCCAAUAACUAGACAGACGGAUAUUCAAUGUAUUCAGUAUCUUAAAAGUUUGGUCCAUGUGUAUUCAUUUAAGCAAAUGAAAGAAAAAAAGGUCAAGGCUUGCCAACACAGAGAGCUCUCUGAUCCCUCAUAAAUGCUUUUUAGCUCAUUAUCUAUUGUGAUAUCUCAUCAUAUAUUGUAAUAUAUGAUCAAAAUUUACUUGAUUUUGAUAAAUCUUAUAAGACUAGUGUAACUGUGUCCCAUGUGCAUUGGUACUAUGGAAAAACCUACAGAACUUAAGGUGUGAAAAAAAAUGUAAACUUGUUGCAAGUCAGGAUUUUUAGUGUUUUAUUUUCUAUUUUUUAAGAUAAAACCACUUAAUUUUUUUCUUAAUUUUCUAAUAUUGCACCUAUUUUGAUGUGCAAUUGUCAUUAUGCUGACAUAAUUACUCAUGUAAUCUUUUAUUUCUGUUAGUGGAGUUACAGGGAUAAGUUUCUUUGUUGCAUGAAGACAACUGUUUCUGCGGUGACACACGUGAUGUACAGUCGUGUAUGCUGACAUCAGUAGUAGGCAGUGUUUGCCUGUUUCCUUUUUUUUCUAAAUGCAUACAAAUUAAUCCAUUUUAUGUAGCUGAUUAGUUAUAGUGUCUUUUUUUAGGUUAAAAAAUAUAUGAGUCUUAUAUUAUUUUGUUGCCUGAUAGUAUACCUGUAUUUUCUAUGAAUGUCAAGGGCUUCCUCGUGAAUUACCGAUGCUUAACUUUUAACUCAACU